AUGCUUUCAGGCCGAGAACACACGGUGCAUGGGUUUAUCGGUGACUCCGCCGUUUUGCCCUGCGAAGUCGAUCUGCCAUCGUGUGGCAACGUCUAUUUCAUCACGUGGACCAAGAACGUGUCAAAUGAAUGGAAACGUGAGUUUUUGUACAGCGAUGGAGUGGCAAGAGCAAUGGGGGACUUUUCUGGCCCAGAAAGGGCAACGUUCACGCUGGAUAAUCAUUCAGCGCACUUAAAAUUGCAGGGACUGUCUGUGCAAGACGAAGGGACUUAUAAGUGCGAUGUUACAUACGUCAGAGGAAAGUGUCCAUCUUUGUCUUUUACAAGGCUUUACACGCUAAUUACGCCUUUGGAUCCAGAAAUGGAAGUCGAAGGCAAGAAAGUCCACAACGGUAGCACAGUUGGCCCAUACGCAGAAGGUUCGACGUUCGUGCUCGAGUGUAAGUCUUCCGGUGGUAGGCCUGCACCAGAAGUAACUUGGUGGAACGGCACCAAGCCACUGCCUGUAAAGACAACUGUUCUACCUGAAGGAAAUGGGACCUAUUUUGUGACGUCAACAGCGAGGUUUGUGCUGUCUCGUUGGGAUCUAGGUGGUAAAUUGGAAUGCCGUGUGCGAAGCAAUGCGUCAGCCCAUCCUGUUCAUCAAUGGAUUAAAUUAGAUAUCCACGUCAGACCAGCGUCAUUGACAGUGAGAGGUCCAACAACACCUGUGGUCGCUGGAGAAAUGGUUUCUUUAACGUGUACUGUAGAAGGCGCUAGGCCUUCUGCAAACAUCACUUGGUACAACAGAUCAGAAGUCAUCGGACCUCAACCUCCCACCAACGUUGAUCUGAUGAGUGACGGAACAUAUCGUACAGCCAGUUCCUUGGUCCUUGUAGCUUCUAGGUAUGACCAUAAAGGAGAGUUCUUCUGCAAAGGGGUUAACGAAGUGCUGAGGAAACGACUUGAGGCCCCUCUGCUGCAGGCAACUACACUAGAAGUGCUGUAUCCACCUGCUGUUUUCCUCACACCCGAUGGAACAGUGACGGUUCAAGAAACAUCUAUGGUAAACAUCACAUGUGUGUUUGACGCAAAUCCUCCUGACGUUACGGAAAUAGUUUGGUACAAAGAUGGCAGUCGGUUGCAAAGGGACACAACACAAAGAUUAGAAACAAGGCACCCCCUAUCUGCAGUACUGGCUCUUUUCAACCUGUCUCGGCAAGAUUCUGGUGUAUAUACGUGUCACGUACGGAACGCAUUCGGAAGAGGAAAUUCAACUACGGCUUCAGUUCUAAACGUAUUAUAUCCCCAAGUUGUUCGGAUGAGAAUUUCUUCUGGCGUCGUAUCCGAAGGGGGAGAAAAUUCUGCGGUAACUCUGACAUGCGAAGCCAUAGACGGAAAUCCCAGGAAUUUCACUUCUGUUCGAUGGUACCGCAAUGGAGAUAUGGUGAACGAGACAUCUGAUCACGUGUUACAUAUAAAACAUACAACUAGACAUCACGGUGGAAAUUAUUCCUGCGAAGGAUUAAAUGCUGCAGGCUGGAGUUUGAGACCAAAAUCCGAAGAGCUAAUAGUACACUUCACUCCUGGAGCUUCCACCAUUCUUCAGCAGCAAGACAUAGCGGUGAAGGGUCGAGCGGUUACUUUAGAAUGUCGUGUUCUUGACCUCGGUCAUCCAGUAUCAAGUAUGUUCGAAUGGCACAAAGGGGGUGUUCCACUGAACGAAACAGGAUCUCUGUUGCAGCUGAAGCCUGUGAUGGUGUCCACUCAAGGCAAUUAUUCUUGUGCUGCUGUGAAUGACAUUGGACCAGGACCACCAUCUUACUUCUCAUUAACAGCCGUAGCACCUCCUGCCUUUGUAAAGAAGUUACCCGAACGGGGAGGUGUACUCAGAAAUACAUCUAACGUUCAAUUAUCCUGCCACGUGGAAUGCCAUCCCCUGUGUGAAUUGGAAUGGCUGAGGAACAAUGAGAGUCUUCGGGAUUCGAUUGUGUUCGAAAGCAAAGUAGUUCAUCACCGACCGGAUCCACGGCGUAACCUCUUCAGCUCCAUCAGCUCCAUUUUGACAUGGAAUAUGAGCCUCCUCCCUGCGAACAGCUUUGAUUUUGCCACUUUCACUUGUAGGAGUUCCGGAAAUGAAAUUGGAGCUGGAGUUUCAAGUACCAUGGCUUUCAGAGUUGAAUAUCCGCCGGAGAAUAUCCAGAUUUCUGCUGUGCGACUAGAAGUGAUGGAAGGCGAGAUCUUGGAUGACUUAGUGUGCAGUGCCUCGGCCCAUCCAUUAGCCGAUUACGCGUGGAAAAUCGGUGGGAGAUAUGUGGCCCAUGGACCAGUCCUGUCUUUCAACUCUUCUUUAUCCAGAGCGAUGGGAGGAAAUUAUACCUGCGUGGUUUCGAAUCAACAUGGGCACUGCAAGAGCCACUGUGUCUAUCACUAUCGUCCUUUCUGUACCAUGUGGAAGGAUUACACCGACGAAGGCAGCGUAGUCCUUAGUUGCAGAUCUUCAGCAAAUCCGGCUGCUUUUAACUUCUCUUGGUUUCGAAAUAAUGAAUCAAUCUUUAGUGAGCCAAGAGAGUCCAGCAGACAAGAAAGCAUUAUCGCUUUAUCGGGUGCCAAUCCUAAUGUCUACGGAAAAUAUUCAUGCGUUGCUGCCAACGAAAUCGGAGCAUCCGAUCCAUGUUCUCUGGACCUCACCGCUCUGCCUUCCCCGGCCGGUUGGGUGCAGCUUUUACUUCAGGAAGAAAACUUGCUGAUCGUUGCUGGGGUGGCUGGAGCGAUAGGAAUACUUCUUAUAAUUAUGCUUACCACUGCUGUUGCUGUUGUUUUAAGAAGACGAAUGAAAGCAAACAGCAAGGAAGCAUUACAAGAGAGACAUCACCCUGAAAAUGGAGACAGAGCAGCUGACUGCACGCCGAUUGGAGCUUCACCGCUAUUGUCUGGCCAUAGACAAGACGACAGUCCUUUGUUGAGAAAAAAAUGUCCUGAUCACGAAUUUGUAUAUCACGACCCUACCAUGGAGAAAGUAAACGGUCUUUAUCGGGCUCAACAGGGAAGAAAACUUGUCGGAUGACAAAAAAUGAGUCGACCUGAAAUAAGG